UUCAGAGACUGAGGCCUUCAGGGUCCGAAGCAAUCAGGGUCCGAGUCCUUCAGGGACUGAGGCCUUCUUAGGGUCGGAGGCCUUCUAGGGUCCGUGGCCUUCAGGGUCCGAGUCCUUUGGGGACUGAGGCCUUCCACGUCCGAGGCCUACAGGGACCGAGGCCUUCUAGGGGCCGAGGCCUUCGGGGAUUUAGGCCUUCAGGGAUUGAGGCUUUCAGGAUCAAGAGAAUGAAGUGCAUUACAGAACAAUGGAGGUAUAAUGUGAAAUAAAACAUUUGAAAUAACCACAUCAAUAACUAAUCUAUCAUAACUAAUCAAUAACCAGAUCGAUUAAAGGACUGUUCGUUAUCAUAAAGUGCAGAAACAGCAACGACAGAGAGCCACAGCUGUAAAGAACUACACUGGUUACCAAUCCAGUACAGGAUCCAGUACAAAGUGCUUCUCUUUACCUUUAAGUCCAUACACGGCCUCGCCCCCAGUUAUAUACAUGACCUCAUCAUACAGCACACCCCCAGCCGGUCCUUACGGUCAGCUGACCAGGGGCUCCUGGCAGUGCCGCGCACACGAUUAAAAACAAAGGGCGAUCGGUCCUUUGCUGCAGUCGCCCCACGCCUGUGGAACACACUUCCGCAGGUGUUGAGAGCAGCUCAGUCCGAAAAAAGCUUCAGAAAUCAGCUAAAAACACAUCUCUACAAACAGGCAUUUCUGGGUUAGGUUUCUGUGUGUUAUCGGUUUUCUGCUCUCUAUGUUUAAUUUAUUGUUUGUUGGUUUCUUCUACUGCGUUUGUGACUGCUCAAAAGUCUUGUGUACUGGAGGUAAUGCACCCGCAAUUUGUGAUGUAGCACUGGCUUCUGCACCUUGCUGCUAUGCUUAACAUGAUGAUAUUGAUGAUGUUGUACUGUUUUUACUGUUUUUAUUGUUUUUAUUGUAAAGCACUCUGUGUAUUCGUACUGCGAAGGGCGCUAUAUAAAUAAACUUUUACUUACUUACUUACUUACUUACCCCCGAGCGGCGCCGCUCUCUGUCUGCGCGCAUGCGCGGUAGCAGCUUGAAGACGUCCUGGUCAGACCAACAUGUUGACGCUCGCGCUUCUGAGCGCGCUCUGCGGUCUCGCGUCCUGUGUUCCUGCGCGUGGGCGACACGGAGCGCGCGUGCUUCACGGAGAACCUCCCGAGCCGGACGAGGCUCGUGGGUGAGUGUUUACCGGGAUACCGGCUCCCGGUCGUCAGUUGGACGAGAUAAACAACAACAACAACAACAACAACUCAGAGAAACUUCCUCACGCACUCCUGCUUCCUCUUUUCCUUGUUCCGGGUUGCCCUUCACAAUAAAAGCUCAACAAUGGAACAUUGCUUCGAAGAGAUGUGUGUAUUGGACUCGGCUGUACGAUGAGCAGAGGGACCGGUACCUGCCGGGCCAUCCGGACCUGGAGGUGGACAUCCUGGCCACAGAUCCCGAUGAGCAGGUGCUUCUGUCCGGGUCUCGCGGCCCAGAGGGAAACUUCUCCUUCACGUCCCGGCGGCCAGGAGGACAUCGGAUCUGCCUGCGCUCGCACUCGUCACGGCGCCCCCUGGUGGCCGGAGGCGCGUUGGCGCUGCACCUCCACCUGCGAGUGGGCGACCGCGCCAACGACUACGCCGACAUCGCCGCCGAGGGCGAGCUGACGGAGCUGCAGCUGAGGGUCCGGAGGCUGACGGAGCAGCUCCACCACAUCCAGAAGGACCAGGACUACUACAGGCUCAGAGUGAAGGCGUUGCGUUGGGUCCACUGCUCCACCAGCCGGUGGAUCUUCUGGUGCGUCGUGGUGCAGACGCUCUGCCUGGUGGCGCUGGUCGCCUGGACCCACCACAAGUGAAGUCAAACUUGUGUCUUCUUCAGUAAACUUUGGACCUAUCAGAAGAAGAAACAAUUUAGGUAUGAAUUUGAAUAUAAAAGAUAAUUA